GAAGGCCCAAUAGGAAAUUGAAAGCGGCCCAUAAUUAUUCAUUUCACAAUGCUAAUCCAAUUCUCAAUUCAAAGUUGAAAAAGAAGACCAACUGCACGAACCGGACAAUAGCGCCGUUGCCAACUGGAAAAAUGGAGGGUUUAAGCAGAGAGACGGAGAAGCCAUGGCGGGUACUCGAAUUCUACAGUGGCAUUGGUGGAUUGAGGUAUUCAUUGAUGGAGGCUGGCGUGGAUGCUGUGGUAAUUGAAGCAUUCGACAUCAACGACGUCGCAAAUGAUGUUUACGAGCACAAUUUCGGCCACCGUCCGUACCAGGGAAAUAUUCAGACAUUGAGUGCUGCAAACCUCGACAAAUAUGAGGCUGAUGCAUGGCUUCUGUCUCCGCCUUGUCAACCAUAUACACGACAAGGUCUCCAGAAGGGUUCAAGUGAUGCUAGAGCUUCUUCGUUUUUGAAGAUUCUUGAACUAAUACCACAAUGUUCACGACCCCCAGUUAUGCUACUUGUGGAGAACGUUGUUGGAUUUGAGACAUCUGAUACACAUGAAAAGAUGAUCACCAUGUUGCGAGAAAAUCAUUUUGACACACAAGAAUUCAUUCUAAGUCCUCUGCAAUUUGGUGUGCCAUAUUCUCGGCCUCGCUAUUUUUGCCUGUCCAAGCGGAAACCUCUUUGUUUCCUGAAGGCCCAGUACAAUAAUGUGCUACUUUGGGGCCCAUGCCCUAUACUUGGGUACGAAGAAAGCAUGGUGACAAGUGAAGAAGCUGAAUCGGAUAGAUAUUGGAAUAAAUAUUGUUUUCCCCGAAUCAAGACGUUGCUGUUGCUUCACCAAAAGUUAUUUUCGAUAUGUGAAGGGGACAGGUUCCCUUUUGGCUACCUGUCCUGUAAGUCUGCAUCAGGGAAAGAAGAAAAUUGAAUUGCCUUCCUUGCAGGAGCUUCAAUUUAGAUACUUUACACCCAGGGAGGUCGCCAAUUUCCACUCUUUUCCGGAGGACUUCCAAUUUCCACAACAUGUUAGCCUUCGUCAACGAUAAUGGAGAUACGCACUUAGAUAAUGUGUGUUGGAUUGGAAUCAUCACAAUUCACAUCAUCAAUGAAACCCUUAACACCAUCUGAAGUUAAUGGGUUCGUGAAUUUUUGGCAAAAUUUGAGCAAUUUAUAAAUCAUAAUGUGUUGGACCAAUCUAGCAAACAUAAUGCUUUGUACAAAACUCAUAAAAUAUUUAUAUAUUUAGGAUCAAAAUGAACCUAUGUUUAAGCGUUUAAAUAUUCAAGUUAAUAACUGGAUCGAAAUAGCUUGAUCAUCAAAAUUUAUGUUACCGUCACUUUUAGCACAAAAAAUGAACCAAUGAAUAAUGUUAUUGAAGCUAUCAAAUAUUAAUGUUAUAGACACAAAUCAUAAAUAAUGGAGUACUCCAUGUUUAGGAUAAAAAAAACUUUAGUCUAACAUUUAAUACGUGUCACAAGUUCAUGAACAAUGAAUUUUCAAAAAAAUUAUAAUUAUUGUUUUUCAAAACUAAUAAAAUUCUACUAACUUCUUUAUUAUUACGAUUUUAAUUUUCCAUUUUCUUGAAUUUUUUUCACGGCAAAACGUUCUCCUCCACAUUGAUUUGGUCUUUUCUUUUAUUUUCUAUAUUUUUAUUUGUAAUAUUUUUUGUAUAUUUCUUUAAUAUAUUUGUAAUUUUUUAGUGCAGUUAAAAUGUCGAAAAAUUACGUACUACUAUUUAUUUUAAAUUUAUUAAUAAUUUGACUUAAUUAUAUUAGGUGUAGUAUGGAGUUAUUACUAAAGAUAGUGAAUCACACUAAACAACAGGAGCGUGAGAUUUAUAUGAUCAAUACAUAAUUAGGUAGCUUCCAUUCGGCGUGCAUUACGCACCCCCUACUUUAUUUUGAGCCAACAUUUUCAUUUUCCAAUUCUACCCCCAUCCUCAAUAUAUAUCUUCUUUUUUAUUUUAUUUAUAAUAUUUUCUUGUCCCAAAUUGAUUCUUCAAAGCUCACGAAAACAAACCCUAGGACGUAAAAUUGAAGAAUAAGAAUCUGUUUCUCAUCGAGCAUCUGGGAUUUGAACUGCCUAAUUCAGACUUUGGUGAUCGUCUUUACCUGUCUAAUUUCUCGAAAAGACUUUUGAUACCUGUUAAAGAAGAUAGAUGGCUAUGAGAUUCAAAGCUGGGGACACGGUUGAGGUGAUGCAGAGUAAGGAGUUACCAGCUUCGUGGCGUGCUGCAGAGAUACUAUCUUGUAGCGGGGAGACUUAUACUAUCCAAUAUGUUUGCUAUCCUGGUAUGGAAAAUAAGCGGCUGGUGGAGGUGGUUUCAAGGAAGUUAUUGAGACCUUGCCCUUCUACGCUACAAGGUGCCAAGUGUUUCAUAACAGGAGACAUGGUUGAGGUCUUCCAUCAAUAUACUUGGAAGAUUGCUGUGGUCUUGAAUGUUCUAGGAGGCAAAAAAGAAAGUAGAACUAAUAAGAUCCAUCACAAGGUUUCGACAUGUAAGAAAAAAUAUCUAGUGAGGCUACUUGGGUGUUCAAAGGAAUUGGCUAUUGAUAGAACGAAGGUCAGAAUGAGACAGACAUGGCAUGAUGUGAAAUGGCUUCAAUUGAGGAAGAUUCCUCAAGCUGGGGAUGAUGUAAUAGUGAGCAAGCCAUCAAAGUCAAAAUCUAAAUAUCAACCUGGAGAUGAUUGUGGAAACUUCCAAGAUGAAGCUGCAAUGCGGGAAUCUGCUGUUAUCUCUUCAAGAUCCUUAAAGAGGAUGUCCCCCUAUAUUUCCUCAAUUGUUGAAGCCCAUGAAGGACCUGUACAAAAAUUUAGAGCAGCUGAGAAAGAAGACCGGAAGCAGCGAAUAAUUGAUAAGGUACAUGCUGUUGCUUGCCCAAAAGAAAUUUUGGGUGAAACAUACAUGCAUGCUUCCCAUAAUAUUAUAUCAAAUGGAUAUGCUCAAAUGGAGAGGGAAAAACAAAAUGCCAUGCUUGGAUAUUCAGGGUUCAGAGACUCUGAAUUAAAUUGUUCCGACAGUGAUGUUUGUUCUGUUGGUAGUUGUAGCAUUACUAACCAGAGUCUUAAAAGCUAUUAUAAUUAUUUUAUGCAUGUGCAUAGCCAAGAGACGGACACCCAUAGUGAUGCAGAGUCGUUUAAUGGUUCGGGCUUUGAGAGGGAGAAUUUCUCUCUCCCCCCAAAAGAGGAGUUUGAGGUUAGUAUACGUAGCUUAGAGUUGCAUGCUUAUCGCAGCACUCUGGAAGCUUUGUAUGCUUCUGGUCCCUUAAGUUGGGAACAGGAAGCAUUAUUGACAAAUCUUCGUAUUACGCUCCACAUUUCAAAUGACGAACAUUUGAAGGAGCUGAAGCACCUAAUUUCCACUAAAACUGCAAUUACUGUUAGAUGAUUGUACAAAAUGUUCAUAUAUCAUUGCCCUGUUUUAAAGCAAAAUUGUAGAAGUUGCUCUUUUGUCAACAUUGUAAGAAGAAACAUGAAUGCAAUAAGUUGUAUAUUCUAUCUAUUUCUGUGCACAGAUUGACAUUUUGUAAUUAAGAGAUACAUGUCAAUUGUUAAUUGAUCAUCAAUGCAGUGUAUUUUUACCCAAGGCUUUAAGAGUACCUAUUUUUGUUGAUGAUCUGUUCUGUCUUCUGUUGCUUCUAGUUAUUUUUGAAAUGAAGGGAGUAAAGCUCGUGCUCAUGCCUAAAAUUGGGUGCACCAUCCAAUUAUUUCAUGUCUGAUGUUUACGAGAUGCCAAUUAUUGUUCUGUGAUCAUGUAAGAGACUUCUAUUUGCACCCUUUGGUAUCAUAUGUCCAUUAACAUCAUUACAAACUUUCAACAUUUUGACAGCUUUGCUUUUAAUGAUCUGUUGAGAAAUUGAUUCUUGAAGCUUACAGUUGACUUUGAACUGUAAUAUAAUGGCUAGUUGUUCUUAUCUGGAUCUUAAUCAAAGUUGCAUUUCUGGCUAUACUUUUACCUACAGAGUAUCUAAUCUGUUGACUGUUGACUCUUAUAAAGUUGGGAUACUGCUUUUUAGAUAAAUUCUGUAUGCAAUGUAUCAAUAAAUUUACUUCUGCAACUAUGAUUUACUCCAUUGGACUUUGGCUGCUCUUGAAUCCUGUACUUUAUUUUCCAGGGCUACAGUUGGAGGCAUGCAUCAUUUGCUUCCAAUGGUACAAAGAUUAUGCCAGGGUUUGCAGCCUCUCUUGGCAUUGAACUUUGGACGAUUCAGUCGUCUACUUUCACCAAUAUGCCACGGUUGUGGCCACUCCUAAGUUCCUCUUUUUUCUUUGAGGAGCACUGAUUCAGAUUACAUUUUGACUAUAUUGAAAAGUUAUACUUUUUCCAUAAAGGUAUAUCAUGCCAACAAAGAUUAUCUACGUUAUAGUUUGAACUGUAUGUGUAAUAAGUUAUCUUCUGAAGCAGAAAUUACAGCCUUUAUAAAAA